GCCACCGACCUCCCAGCCAUCGAAAUUUCUGGAAACAAGUUUUACUACUCGAAUAAUGGCAGUCAGUUCUUAAUGAGAGGUGUGGCCUACCAGCAGGACACGGACUCGACCUCCACCACCUCUUUUGUGGAUCCUUUGACCGACUACGACUCUUGUCUGAGAGAUAUUCCUUAUUUGCAAGAGUUGCAGACUAACGUGAUCCGGGUAUAUGCCUUGAAUGUCUCUCAAGACCACACUGAUUGCAUGGAGGCUUUGGCUGCCGCCAACAUCUAUGUCAUUGCCGACUUGUCCGAGCCCGAUCUCUCCAUUGACAGAGACGAUCCUACCUGGACUCUCGAGUUAUUGGACAGAUACACCUCGGUCGUGGACGCUUUCCACAACUACACCAACAUUUUGGGUUUCUUUGCAGGUAACGAGGUGACCAACAACGCCUCCAACACCGACGCUUCUGCUUAUGUGAAGGCUGCUGUGAGAGACACCAAGGCAUACAUCCUGGAGAUGGGCUACAAAUCCAUCCCCGUGGGCUACUCUUCCAAUGACGACUCCGACAUCAGACUCGACUUGGCCGAAUACUUUGCAUGUGGCGACGAGUCUGACAGAGCGGAUUUCUUUGGUAUCAACAUGUACGAGUGGUGCGGUGACUCCACCUACGAGACUUCGGGUUACGAGACUAUCACCGAGGAAUACAAGAACUUGGGCGUUCCUAUUUUCUUUUCCGAAUACGGCUGCAACGAGGUGUCGCCAAGAAACUUCACCGAGGUCCAGGCCAUCUACUCCGACGAGAUGACCGACGUCUGGUCCGGUGGUAUAGUGUACAUGUACUACGAGGAGACCAACAACUACGGCUUGGUGACCAUCGACAACAGCGAGGUCUCCACUUUGGAUGACUUCAACAAUUUGAAGAGCCAGAUUGCGCUGAUCGACCCCUCCUACACCACCAUUGGAUCCGUGACCACUUCCGCCACCGUCACCACGUGCCCCACUGUUGGUGGCUACUGGUCUGCCACAACCGUCUUGCCACCUACACCCGACUCCGAGGUCUGUGACUGCAUGGUCGCAUCCUUAUCUUGUGUGGGUGACUCCACGCUCGACUCUGAUGGAAUCGCCGAGCUCUUCAGCUACGUGUGCGGAGAAGUCGACUGCUCUGGCGUCACUGGAAACGGUACCACCGGAAUCUACGGCUCGUACUCCGCUUGUAAAGCAAAGGCCCAGUUGGACUUCGUGCUCAACUUGUACUACAGUGCCAACGGCGAGAGCUCCACUGCCUGUGACUUUUCAGGAUCGGCUUCCCUCCAGACCGCCUCCACGGCCUCCUCGUGUACUGCUAUUCUUUCUUCUGCCGGGGAAUACGGUACGGGCACGGUUUCUGGUACGGUCAGAACCACCACCGACUCCGCCUCCACCACCACUGUUUCUGGCUCUGACUCUGGAUCUACUUCUGAUUCUUCUUCUUCCAGCACUUCUUCCAGCAGCACCUCGGGCUCGGCCAGUGCUCAUAUUGCCUUUUCCCCAUUG